CAUACAAAUGUAUGAGCACGUACACGUGGAUACGUUUAGUCUCAGUUACACGUUAAAAUUUUUAGCUUGAAAAUUAUGAUCUAUAGUCUAUAAUCUAUACUGUGUCUACUCAAUGUUAUAGAAAUCAGUAAUACUGAUUCGGUGUUGUAAAUCGACUUUUUUAUGGAAUUCUCGAGAACCCGGUUGCAUCGUUUUUAAUCGUUUAUUUGUUUACUACACGUAACGAAGAAUGUAAUAAUUCUAACCAAAAUGUAAUCUUCACGUUAGUGUAAUCACUAAAAUGAAUCCAGAGUGUUUGUUGAAACAGAUUCGUAUAUAUUUCUUAACCUCAAUUAGAUGAGAAAUAAAAAAUGUACAAAUUAUUAUUUCCACAAAAAACUAGUAGAACACGUUGCGGUACAUCGGUUAUAUCUUUCUCAACACAAGUAAACAUUCGUAAUGUACUGAGCACUUACUUGAAUUAUGAUCGUACCACUAUUGACAAUAUUCUUCAGACACAAAAAGAUAUUUACACAAUAUCCGACAAACAGCUUAUUACGAAUUGCAAACUCCUACAGGAAUUAAAAGUACAAGUGAAUGAAACAACAUAUUUGCCAAAAUGUCUGAAGCUCGGCUCCCCAAUUAUUAAGAAUAGAAUUUUAUUGCUUGAAGAAAUAGGCGUUAAAAACAUUAAUUUAAAAUAUAUCUACAAUUUUCCGCGUACGAUACAAAAGUCUAUAAAAACGUUUAAAAGGAUUCAUAAUAUUUUGCCAGACGAAGAUGUUCUAAUGAACAUUUUUCCAGUUAUUGGAAUUGAUCAGGAAGAAUAUAAUAAGAGCAUGGUGAAGCGUUUGACGCUGACGUGUGAUUAUUAUUUAAAUUUAAUGAUGUAUUAUAAAUCACAUUAUUUGAAAAUAAAGAGCAGGAGCUCUUCAACUAUCGGAGGCUGCGGUCUGCGGAAAUUCGUAAGCUUUAAACAAAUGGCCAAGCUGGUAAACAUUUUACGAAAUGAUUUAGAGAUCGAUAACACGUUUUUGCAGAAACAUCCGUACUUAUUAAACCUGUGCCCGGACAGGUUAAAUGAGUUGAUAGCUGCACUCAAGGAUGUUACAGUACAUGAUGUGCAUGUAAAUCAAAUAAUAAAACUGUAUCCUCGCAUCUUACGCUCCAAAGAAGAUAAUGUCGAAGACUUAUUAGCACUUUUAGCAGAAAGAAAUAUUAGCACCAAUUCGUUAGCCUCCUUGUCCGUUUUAAAGAUGAGAAAAGAUGUGUUUCUUCAAAGGUAUCACAGUUUGAAAAAUACUCCAGAACUUAGUGUAUGGAUUCGGUAUCCAACUGUGCUAAAUUUGAUUCUACAGUAUAAUAUGGUCAUGAAUAGAUUAGACUAUUUACGUUGCUUGGAUUGUUCACAGAAUAUAACUAUCCAUGUAAUUCUGUCUCGGAAGAAAUACUUCAUGAAAUUCUUAAAUGGCUAUAUUCAUAUUAAGACUAGGAGGAAUUAUUUACGGUAUCUAAUACAUAAAGAAUUAGGUGUUAAUAACGAUUAUUUAAUAAGGUAUUUAACAAGGCAUCCUUAUUGGAAACAUAUUUCGCUGUCAUGUAUAGAAAAAACACUGCAAUAUUUAAUGAUGCGUUAUUCGAUAAGAGACAUUUGCGAAAAUAUUCAUAUUAUACUUUAUCCGCGUGAUGCCGUUGCCAAAACACUGCAAUCGUUGUAUGACGAACACAAGUCGGAGAGUGAAUAUAACUCGAGCCAGCAUCUGUCGUUGUGUCUGUAUAAGUUGGAGAAACACCAUCAUUUCACUGGCGACGGCAUUUGGGAAAUUACUUCUGAAAAUGUAUUGCGCCCAUUCUCUGGAAGUACAUGGUGCAAUUUCUGGAUGAAAAAAGACGAGAAGAAAAUGGAAGAGGAUGAAAAGCGACGAGUCGAAAAAAGAUUAAAAGAAAAAGGAAGAGGAUGAUGAGCUUUCGAAAUCGUAGUACUGCAAUUUGAUUUCCAUAAUACGGCCAUGCUGUAAAUAGAAAAAAAGUCUGAAAAGGAUCGCCGAAAUUUCUUAUGUACAAUGAACGCGUGCCUCCAAUUGUAAAUAAUAAUAAAAAAAAAAAAAGGAAAUUAAAAUAGUCGAAAAUUAAGUUGAUGUUUAAUUGAAAAUCUUUCAGAAACUAUUCGUACCGCCGAUCAAAUGGCACAAAGCAGUAAUGAUAUGUUUUUCUUAUAGUCUAUAUUUAUGUGUAUUUCCAGAGCUCGUUUCUCUUUUGUGUGUUGCUACAGAUACAUGGCUGGAUCAAAAUUAAUUACGCAAGAAAGAAAGGGUGAUUGAACAGCUGCAUAUAAACACAUUGUUAUUUAUUUCGUGCUACGUUUGGUAAUUGUCACGCGAUGUAAAAGUAUUUAACCUUAAAAGGAGGAAAAGAAGACGCCAUUUAUAGAAGAGAAAUAAAAGAGAAAAAAAAUAUAUAUUGGGCAAAUGGCAAGAAAACGAAAAAACAACAUGCAGCCUAACGUGUUCGUCACCACCUCCUGAGCGUCAUAUUUAAACGGUAAAUUUGAUCCUCGAACAACGAACACAAAUUUAUCGUAAAUUAACAUCUA